AUGAGUUCUGAAGGCCCAAAGCUUCCCUUCAUAGAUUUCUCAAACCAAGAGCUGAAACCAGGAUUUCCAUUGUGGAAUUCCUUGAAAAUUCAAGUUCGAGAAGCCCUUGAAGAAUAUGGUUGCUUUGAAGCAUCAUAUGACAGAAUCCCUAUUCAGCUUAGAAAAUCUAUUUUUGAUGCUGUAACAGAGCUUUUUGAUCUUCCAUUGCAGGUCAAAGUGAAAAACUCAAACGGCAAGCCUUACCAUGGUUAUAUCGGACAAAGUCCACUCUUCCCACUAUACGAAGGCAUGGGAAUUGAUGAAGCAAACGUCCUAGAACAUGCUGAGAGCUUCUCCAAGGAUAUGUGGCCCGAAGGGAACUCUGAAUUUAGCAAGACCAUACAGAAUUACGCAGAGCAACUUAGUGAAUUGGAUCAAAUGGUGAGGAAAAUGGUUUUGGAGAGCUUGGGAGUCGAGCAAUACAUUGAUGAGCACUUGGAAUCUACACACUACCUUCUUCGCGUGAUAAAGUAUAAAGGGCCUCAGACAAAUGAGACCAAACUUGGACUGCCUUCACACAGGGAUGCUAACUUAGUCACCAUCCUGCACCAAAAUCAAGUACAAGGAUUGGAAUUGCAGAAAAAGGAUGGGCAGUGGAUUGAUUUCAAACCCUCACCGAACUCCUUCGUAGUCAUGAUUGGCGAAUCAUUCCAUGCAUGGACGAAUGGACGCUUACAUCCUCCUAAUCAUCGAGUCAUGAUGACGGGAAAUGAAGCAAGAUACUCUGUCGGUCUCUUUUCAUUUCCGAAAGAUGGAUAUAUGGUCAAAGCCCCAAGGGAGCUAGUAGACGAGACUCACCCAUUACUUUUCCAGCCCUUCAAUUGUCCCGAGUACCUUGCAUACAUCUACAAGGGGGGCAAAAAAGUUUACUCUUCCUUUAAAACUUAUUGUGGUGCUUAA